CUUAUACAAAGACGAUCAUGUCAUUCCUCCCUCACCAAAAAUCAAAAUCGAAAUCCCUAGAAGCGAAGAUCAGUAGGCGAGCCGUCGACUUCGGGGCGUGAUUCAUCCACUGCUCAUCCAUGGAUUCCUUGGGCGAUGACGAAUUCCCAGAAUUGACCUAUUAUGAAGGCACCUACUGCGACAGCUGCCGGAAAAUGGCCAAGACGGAGAUGAAAGAAGAGUACGACGACGCCGAUUACAUUUACAAGGGCGACGAUUUUGGUGGCGAUAACUCGCUAAAGCUACGUAUGAUCUACUACAGGAGGAACUUGAGGGUGAAUGGUCGUUUUUAUGCUGAUUGCCCUCCAGAUUAUAUGAACGUCGGUGCGCAACCACACUCUCGAUACCAUUUUAAAUGCGAGCCGGGCUUUGAUGAGACCGUUGAAGACUGCGCCAAGUUCGCGGUCCAGACAUUUAAUGAAGAGCGGGGCACUGAGAUGGAGCUCCGUGAGAUUGAGAAUGUCUCUGUUGAAGGUGUUAUUAACAGGGCAAUCUAUAUGAUUCUUCGUUGCUGCAAUGUUGGUAAGCGGAAACGGAAAUCCGAGGGGAGUGACAUUAGUGCUGUUGAGAAGAGUUACAGAGUUGUGGUUUCCUGCUGCUGGUGGAGAAAGGCGUACAAGGAAGUUUUGGUCUUCAAGGACAGCCAUGGGAAGAAUUUGUUGGAGCCCACUCGGCCCUUCGACGAGCGCACAACGCCAAAGCAGCGCCGCCCUCCUCCCAUUGAACAUGAUGCCUGAAAGCUGAUGUUAGCACAGUGGAGCAUCACUAAUUGGGAUGGGUAACUUAGAAAAAAAUUGGGGGAGGAGAGAACAAGGAUUUGAGAAUGAUGGAAUUAGGGAGGAUUUGAAGAAAAGCAAGAAAAAAGGGUCGGUCAAGAGAAGGGAGAAUUCGACUAGUAGGGGACAGAGAAGAUUACAGUUAAAAAAUAAUUCUUCUGUAUUUUUUUUUUACUCAACUUAUAAUUAUAGAAUAUAUAAGUUUAACAAAUUUUCUUAUAAACUACCCAUAAUUAACCC